CCUCGCGUCCCAGGCGGGGCCCUCGGGUGGGGCCCCGUGGGCCCUCCGUCGCCGAUCCGAGGCGUCCGUUCGUCAGUCCGCGCGUCCGGCGAGCUCGGCGGGGAAGGGCGGCCGCGCCCGGGCCUCCGUCCGCAGACCGCAGUUUGCGUCUAGCUUUAUCGACCAUCCCUGAAUGCGCAGAGGAGUGCUUCAGCACAGCAGCCAACGCCGCAGAGAGCAGAUGCAGACCGGAGGAAUUCAGCUGGCUAGGGCCUUGACCUGCAGUCCCGCAGGUUGGGACGUCUGAGUUUGUGUACAGAGACGGCUCUGUUUGCAGUGGGUUGUUGCAGGAGAAUGCCGGCGGCUUAAGCUCCCUUGGACAAGAUGGAAGCAGCAACCCUGGAAUGUCCUAACUCCUCCUCCGAAAAACGCUAUUUCCCCGAGUCCCUGGAUUCCAGUGAUGGGGAUGAGGAGGGAAUUCUGGCGUGUGAGGAUUUGGAACUUAACCCUUUCGAUGGCUUGCCAUAUUCAUCACGUUACUAUAAACUUCUGAAAGAAAGAGAAGACCUUCCAAUAUGGAAGGAAAAAUACUCCUUUAUGGAGAAGCUGCUUCAGAGUCAAGUUGUGAUCGUUUCGGGAGACGCUAAGUGUGGCAAGAGCUCUCAGGUUCCGCAGUGGUGUGCUGAGUACUGCCUUUCCAUCCACUACCAGCACGGGGGCGUGGUGUGCACACAGGUCCACAAGCCCACGGCGGUCCAGCUCGCCCUCCGCGUGGCAGAUGAGAUGGAUGUUAACAUUGGUCAUGAAGUCGGCUACGUGAUUCCUUUUGAGAACUGCUGUACCAGUGAAACCAUCCUGAGGUAUUGUACUGAUGAUAUGUUGCAAAGAGAAAUGAUGUCCAAUCCUUUUUUGGGUAGCUAUGGGGUCAUCAUCUUAGAUGAUAUUCAUGAAAGAAGCAUCGCAACUGACGUGUUACUUGGACUUCUUAAAGAUGUGUUACUAGCAAGACCGGAACUGAAGCUCAUAAUUAACUCCUCACCUCACCUGAUCAACAAGCUCAGUUCUUACUAUGGAAACGUGCCUCUCAUCCAAGUGAAAAACAAGCACCCCGUGGAGGUUGUGUACCUUAGUGGGGCUCAGAAGGAGUCUUUUGAGUCUAUUUUACGCCUUAUCUUUGAAAUUCACCACUCGGGUGAGAAGGGUGACAUCGUUGUCUUUCUGGCCUGUGAACAAGAUAUUGAAAAAGCCUAUGAAAUUGUCUGCCAAGAAGGAUCUAACUUAAAUCCAGAUCUUGGAGAGCUGGUAGUUGUUCCUUUGUAUCCAAAAGAGAAAUGUGCACUGUUGAAGCCAAACGAUGAAACAGAAAAAAGAUGCCCAGUUUAUCAGAGACGAGUGGUGUUGACGGCUAGCUCCGGAGAAUCUUUGAUCUGUAGCAACACAGUCAAGUUUGUUAUUGAUGUGGGUGUGGAGAGAAGAAAGGUGUACAACCCCAGGAUCAGAGCAGACUCGCUCGUCACGCAGCCCAUCAGCCAGAGCCAGGCUGAGACCCGCAAGCAGCUCCUCGGCGCCUCUCCCUCAGGAAAACUCUUCUGUCUGUACUCCGAAGAAUUUGCCUCCAGGGACAUGCGGCCGCUGAAGCCAGCAGAGAUGCAGGAAGCCAACCUCACGAGCACGGUGCUCUUCAUGAAGAGAGUGGACAUCGCGGGCCUGGGCCACUGUGACUUCAUGAACAGACCCGCACCAGAGAGUCUGAUGCAGGCUUUGGAAGACUUAGAUUACCUGGCAGCACUGGACAACGAUGGAAAUCUAUCUGAGUUCGGAAUCAUCAUGUCAGAGUUCCCUCUUGAUCCACAACUCUCCAAGUCCAUCUUAGCAUCCUGUGAAUUUGACUGUGUCGAUGAAAUGCUCACCAUCGCUGCCAUGGUAACAGCUCCUAAUUGCUUUUCGCACCUGUCCCGCGGAGCUGAGGAGGCCGCCCUGUCUUCCUGGAAGACGUUCUUACAUCCCGAUGGAGAUCACUUCACCCUCAUCAACAUCUACAAGGCCUACCAGGACACGACUCUGAACGCCGCCAGUGAGCACUGUGUGGAAAAGUGGUGUCACGAUUACUUCCUCAACUGCUCAGCACUCAGGACAGCAGAGGUCAUCCGAGCUGAACUCUUAGAAAUCAUCAAGCGGAUCGAGCUUCCCUACACAGAACCUGCCUUCGGCUCAAAGGAGAACACUCUGAACAUAAAGAAAGCUCUUCUGUCUGGUUAUUUUAUGCAGAUCGCUCGGGACGUGGACGGGGCGGGCAACUACCUGAUGCUCACGCACAAGCAGGUCGCACAGCUGCACCCGCGCUCCUGCUACUCCGUCGCUGGGAGGAUGCCCGAGUGGGUCCUCUUCCACAAAUUCAGCAUCGCCAGCAACAACUACAUCAGGACCGCCUCCGAGAUCACGCCCGAGCUAUUUAUGCAACUGGCACCACAAUACUAUUUCAGUAAUCUGCCUCCCAGUGAAAGUAAGGAUAUUCUACAGCAAGUCAUGGAUCACCUAUCGCCUAUUUCAGCAACGAAAAAGGAGCAGAUGUGUGACAAGUGCCCGGAAACUACUGAACAGAGGUGCAGUGUGCAGUGAUGCUGCGGAGCGUCCACGAAGCCCCAUGUGCAAUACCUGCCCCAGAGGCGGCGUGGCGGCCGGCCCACCGGGGCAGCACCGACGAGGCGCCACGGCCCACACGGAGCCCUGAAAGGAAGAACGCUCUGUGUGUUAUUUAAAAACUAAAAAUAGAAGUUUUUAUUGAGUUCCUUAAAUUACUACCCCGUGGUUUUUCUUAUUGGAAAAGUUCUUAACCGUUCGUAAUUUGACCAAAAUUUUAAAAAAGCAAAGAUAUUUUGUAAAUGUGUCGCAGACACGGCUGACAGAACCCAACUUUUUGUAGGACCUUCAUCUGAAUAAAGUCGUGAGUUUUUCAGGAAGCCUCCACCAAGUCUUCCGGUAACUGUGCAGAAGCCAGCCCGCCACGGUCCAUGGGAGAUGGGUUAGACAGAGAGAUGCUCCUUCAGUUUUUCCAUGAUUUCAUUCAUUUUGUCGCCUGGAAUUAACAUCACAGUUCGCAGGGGCUUCAUUGGUACGUCAUCAAAGGACCAUCGGCCUCCCAGACACGUGUCGCUCUCCUCCUGCACUGAGUAGCUGAACUUCAGGAUUGCCUUCUAAACCAAAGGACCAUAAAUUUAAAAUUCACACAAGCUGAAGGCAAAACUCAUUUAAUCAAUAACAAGAAAUACAAUAGUGCGGUAAAUGUAAUAAGGCUGACAGUUAAAAGGACGCUCAAAUGGGACAGUCAGGUAGAAGUUACAAAGCACUCCCCAAGGAGAUUUCUAACCUGCAUGAAGAGAGUGGGUGGACAUGUCCUACUUCUAGGAGGUGAGCCAGCAGCUGAGUGAGAAUGCCCUGGCUUCCCUCGUGGCUCAGAGGGUAAGCAAUCUGCCUGCAGUGUAGGAGACUUGGGUUCGAUUCCUGGGUUGGGAAGAUCCCCUGGAGAAGGGAAUGGCAACCCACCUCAGAAUUCUUGCCUGGAAAACCCCAUGGACAAAGGAGCCUGGAGGGCUACACCAUGGGGUCGCAUAGAGUUGGACACGACUGAGCGACUCAAUUUCACCUUCUUUCACCUUUAUAAUUCUGAAGUCACUCAUAUUCACAAGCCCAUUUGAUUCUCAAAAUAAUCUUGGGAUACACAAGUGAAAUUAAGACAUAACAUUUGACAGUUAAUGAGAAGAACCGUGAGGCUAGUCUUAGCACUGUCCCAGCUGCUUCCCUGGCAUAAAGCUUCACGUGAGGACAGUAAGUCUGCGUGACCAACCCAUCUUAGAACACCCGCACAUUCGUCCCUGACAUGGCCUACCUCAAGUGCUGAGGCACACAUUUUAAACAAUUUUCACUUAUGUACUUCCUGAAAAACAAGGACAGAGCUGAAUCUAUAGUGCUUUUGUCUUCAGUGGACGCCUUUUAAAAUAAGUGAUAGCAUCCGAUCCAGGAAAAUAUGUCCUCCUCAGAGACUUAACAUUUUUGAGAGGCAGGCAGCAUGAGGAAGUAUAUGCUGUGGCAUCUGUCCAUCAUGGGCACAAGCUUACAGGGAGAGUCCUGCCAGGGGCAUGACCUCUAGGUCCGAGGGCACAGGGCGGCAUGGGAGCCAGCAGCAGGGGCGCAGGGCCCACCCCACCUUCCACACCCACCAGGCAGUGGCUCCACGGCCCCACCUGUGCACCAGGCUAACGCCCACCUUCCAGAGCGGUGGGAGAAUGAAGACCUCAUACUAAGCACACUGUAAAUGGCCAACCAUCAGCGUGAUCGGCUUGAUAAUCACCUCCUCCCCACUCUGUUAUUAGCUCCAAGGCGCUGCAGAUACGGAGGUUUAAAAACAGAAUGGCCACAUAUAAACUUCAGCAUAAAGUGAGAGAGCAAGAAAUCCUGAUUAUUAUUAAGAAAAUCCUUAUUUACAUUUAAACAAAGAGAUGGAACAGGACAGUCUUACCUCGUAGAAAAAUUCUUCCUCCGCAUUUGCAAACAUUAACUCUUCUUUCUUUUGGUUGCUCCGUUUCUUCUUGGAAUUGCUUUUUCCUGCUUCCACAAACGUCUUGCUGAUCAGAAGGUAGAAGUGACACUUCCCACACGGCUUGUUAGCUCUGCGUGCCUCUGCUAGUUCUUUCCUGCGAGGCACACACACAGACACAAGGUUUGCCUGCUGGGCCGGACAAGAUCCGUGGACAAACCAGCGCACAGAGAAAACCACUGAGACCUCUUCACGGAGUUCUGUGGUGACAUAGGCUUAACUGACAGACGUUAGAUCUGGAUGCUUCUAAAGCAGCCGGAUGCACUUCAGUUGAUUAUGGCAGCGUCUUUUAUAAUAAAUCGUAUGGUGACUCGCAGAUUAGCACUCUUGAGUUGUAGAUACACAGCAACUUAACAGAUGAGUCUCAAGUUCACACAACAUCACUGCUCUGUUAAAAAUACCUAAGAAUCUGGAUUUUCUAAAACAUUUAACUGAAACACACAAGGGCACACAGCCAUGACCGAUGCCAUCGUGGUGACCUCAACAGCAGGUGACCUCUACAGUCUCCAUUCACUGGCACCUGGGACUUAUUUCCGGCCUGCCAGAAAUGGCCAGACAGAUGCCCUGAACUACCACAUCAAUGAGACAGCAAUGAAACCUUAACUCUUCCUUCCUUCCUUUAAAUCAUACAUAACCCCGUAUGUGGAGAAGGCAAUGGCACCCCACUCCAGUACUCUUGCCUGGAAAAUCCCAUGGACGGAGGAGCCUGGUAGGCUGCAGUCCAUGGGGUCGCUAAGAGUCAGACAUGACUGAGCGACUUCACUUUCUCUUUUCACCUUCAUGCAUUGGAGAAGGAAAUGGCAACCCACUCCAGUGUUCUUGCCUGGAGAAUCCCAGGGACGGGGGAGCCUGGUGGGCUGCCGUCUAUGGGGUCGCACAGAGUUGGACACAACUGAAGCGACUUAGCAGCAGCAGCAACCCCGUAUGUCUGGCUAAACAAAAAUGUAAAGAAACUCAAAACAACCCACAUCGGCUUUCUUUCACAGGAUCAGAAGAAAGCUGAUCCUCCUAUGAAAUCAAACAAACGUGAGCUCCAGCUGAUCAGAAAAAAGACAAGUCAAACAGGCAGGCACCACAAGUACAGUAUGAGGAGCAGCUAAGGGGAGGGGGCAAGGGAGAAAGAGCAAAGCUAAAAAGCAACUGUAUAAAGGAAAAAUGGAAAACCAAAAGGUUUCAAACCAUAGUCACAUUUGCACCAACUAUUUCCAGGGAAAUCACAAAGAUGUACCCUGACCUCUGAGAAAUAAUAACUCUGUAAAGCCUGGGUGUCCACCUGUAAUUUCAUCCUCCUCUAUGUCAAAGCACAGGCAGUAUCAAUUCCUAUCUCUCCAUACAUUUAAAAUAUUCUUGUAAACUUAAAGCUCCUGCAUUAAAGCAAAACAAUAACAAACCCUGAGUUGAGAGGCAGUAUCAGGCCAUGGUUGCAUUCGCCACAGAAUAUCCCAAUGGAAUUUAGGAAUUUUACGGUUUUGUUAUUGUAAUUAGUUACAUUUCAUUCGUGAAACAGAAAUCCUAUCUCUGAAGCGGAUGAAAAACUCGUCAAAUGGGCGUUAAAGUGUAUAUGAAACUCUUAAUUUUUAUACCAUUUAAAUCUUUACAAUUAUUAAGACUAUUGUCACAACAGUCCUAAGGAAUUAAAACUAUUAAAAAGCCUAUUACUAGUAACACGUACAUCUCUCAGGCACUCCCCCAACACAUGCUUAAACCAACAGAUUCUAUUGGAGUCACAUUUCUGAAUCUACUUGGGGGAAAGCCUCCUGCUGAAAGGCGUUUUCCAGUCUCUUACUGAAGCUGCUGGUGCAUGGGCAGUGCGAUCUGUGGAGGAACGUUAAUGAAUCUCUCACUCAGCAGAAAGCCCACAGGCCUGGCGGUGUCGUUGAAAAGCCUGUCCAGCUCCUCACCCGUGCUCUUCUCACAAUUCUUCUCACAGAGGCGCAGAAUCAGCUCCUUAAUUUGCUCAGCACAAGGGGUUCCCUAGAAAGCAAAGAGAAGGCUCUCUAUCACAGCCAUCACCCACAGGAGAAAACAGAAAUGUGAGAGCUAUCACUUUUUAGUAUCUUAUAGAUAAGUGUGGUUUCCUGCCAAAGCCUUUAAAAAAAAACCUUACAAGUCUUCGGGUUUCCCUGAUAGUUCAGUAGGUAAAUAAUCUGCCUGCAAUGCAGGAGACCCUGAUUCAAUUCCUGGGUCAGGAAGAUCCACUGGAGAAGGGAUAGGCUACCCACUCCAGUAUUCUUGGGCUUCCCUUGUGGCUCAGCUGGUAAAGAAUCUGCCCACAAUGCGGGAGACCUGGGUUUGAUCCCUGGGUUGGGAAGCUCCCCUGGAGAAGGGAAAGGCUUCCCACUCCAGCAUUCUGGCCUGGAGAAUUCCACGGACUGUAUAGUCCAUAGGGUCGCAAAGAGUUGGACAUGACUGAGCGACUUUCACUUUACAAGUCUGAUUGUGUUGAUUAUUUUUCAAAAGUAACUACACCUGGUUACUUACUAGCCCAUACUCAGUGAUCAGAGAAGGUUAUACUAACUCAGACAUACUGGGAUAGAAACUCUAGUCCGUCCCAUAAGACGAAAGUAUCUGAAAAGUUCACUUAAAAAUUAAAGUGUAGCCUGCAUCUUAUUCUAAGGAGGGUAAACCCCCUGGGUUGUUCUUUUUUUUUUAACUAGAACCCAUCAAUGAGUCAAUAUAUGAAUGAAAAUACAAAUACAUGUGAGUGUCCUCAAUUUCAGGAAGCAAUGAAGACUCAGAAUCAAAGAAAACAGCUGUAGAGACAGCAAAAACAGCUGUGCAGACAGCAAAAACAGCUGUGUCCACACCAACAUCAGAAAACUCACUCUUUAAAACUCAGAGGACAAUUCUCUAUACCACAGGCAGUAAAUGACUUUAACUGGGUACAGAUUAUUCAGAGAAACAAAAAUACCUUUAUAUUGAAAAAAGGAUUACAGUAAGAUUUUACAAGAGCACAUGUCCUUAUAUUUAGUAUCUUUAUCUGAUAUAAAACACUCUUUCAUCAAGGAUUAAAUAGAAUUAACUUUUUAGGUUCUGCCCUAACGAAUAACCACUCUAAUGGCCACCCAAUGAAACCAACCUUUCUUUCAGUUAAAUUUAAAAGACUUAUGAAACCAAAAAUCUCGUCUUCAUCCACAUCGUCAUCGCUGUCUUCUGAAACAUCCGUUUGCUGUUUCAAAAAAAAGAAAAUACUCAUUUUACCUUUGGUUGAGAAGAAGUACAGUGCGAAGUCCUGGAAUCUAGAUGGCAUUUAUCUUUUCACAUUUCAAAUGAAAACUCUGUUUUACUGUCAUGCCUUAGCAAAGCCUCAUGGACUAAACCUGUGCAGCCCUGUUCCCAUCACGUCACCUCCCUGACUCUGUCCUCUUCUCACAGGCUGGGUGAUCUCCUCCUGCUCUCAGUAUCUUUCUUGACUCUUUAAGACGUUCUGCUCAGUGUAUUUUAAGUCCAGAACAGAUAAGCCCUCAUUAAGGAAACCAUUUUAGUCUCUUUCCUAAGUGAUGCUGGAGGCCGCCCAGGCUUGUUUGUGCGUCCACAACACUGUCUCACCCAAAACCCAUGCUUCAGAGCACCAGCCAGUGAUGACCACAGGUGAAGAUGAACAAUGCCUCAGUGCACGGGCAGGAGAGGAAAAGAGGGUGAGACGGGAAACGAGAAACUGCAAAAGCGGCACCGAGAGUGGGGUACGUGACUCCUGAGCCACCCUACCCUUUCGUGUUUUGACCUCCUGCUUCGGUUCUACUCAACGUGUCGGCCACACUUUGCUUCACCUGCUGCCUGUCCGCUCGUCCAAGCUGUAAACUCCUCUCGCGGCUUCCCCAGUCCCCAGCACAGAGUUUGGCACAGACUAAGUCCUCGGGGAAGAUGUGCUGAAUGAAUUAAAUAAGGCUGCUGCUCUUCCCCCGAAGGACGGCAGGGACCCAGGCUUGCCCCGAGUGUCCCUGAACUUCUCUGCGGGAAGGGGUCCCAGCACCGCUGCUCAGCCAGGCACAGGAGCAGUCGGCGGUGCCAGGGCACCUCCUGUGGCCAGGGCCUCAGCAGGAACAGAGAGCAGAGUAGAACUGCCUGCGGGGCCCAAGUCAAAACAGACUGAGCUGCAGGGGGGCCUGGCACCUGGGGAUGGUGAGGGGGCAUGGCUCCUGGAUCUGAGUGGACCAUGCCACUGAGGGGACCUCAGGCAAGGGGGCAACCAGGCUCUACAACAAAACACAUCUACUGAACAUGGAAGGGUAGGGUGGCUCAGGCAAGGCCGCUAAGGCAAAGGUCACCCAAACAAAUGAGGUGCCAAAGUGAGGGAAGCCUUAGGCUCAACAAAACAAGAGGGUGCAAAGGAGAAAAUGAGAAGGCGGCUCAGGAGAGGCCACCAGUCCCAGUGAGAGGCUCAAGGGCACGCCUGCUCUCGGAGGAGAGGGGAAAGCAGCAGAGGGAAACGUGCUGUGUCGACCGCCCGGGCCCCCUGAGAGCAACAGCAGACGGUGGACCCCCAGCCACUGUGACGAAGCCUGUUGGUACCCACAGGCCCACGGCAGGGAGUGUGAAAAAGGCUCCCUCAAGGCGAAGCCUGCCAAAUGCUUCCUUGAGAAGCAACAAGCACUCUGGAACAUGCUCAGCCCUCUUCCUCCACAGGCCAUCGGGCAUCCAGGCAGCAGCACGGGGUCUGCUGGUCACCACAGCCCAGCCUCGUCCACCACCACCUGCCUCCCCCACAGGAGCCGCCCUGCCUGACCCGAGUCCGGCCUCCUCCCAGCCCACCCCUUACCUCUCCCGAGCCUCUUGGGCCCCGAGUCUCCAGGUGAGCAAGCACGUGCGGUCUGCACAGCCCACCCCUUCCCUCCACAACCCUCGAAAAUGCCUUCUCUCAAACAGUCCAAAUUCCCCCACCUCCACAGGGUCCAGAACGUUCUGGCAGUCCCUGUCCUCAGAAGGAGAAGUCUGGUCCCUGGGACACCUCAGGUGUCUCUGCUGGAGCCGAGGGAGCCCUGAUUGUACUUUAGAUUUAUUUGUGUAAUUAUUCAAUUAAAGGAUGAAUCCCCCAA